AUGCAGCUAAGGACUAGUGUGCUGACAGCGCCUGAUCAACUUGGAAAACCGCUUCCUGCGCAUAUUACAGCAACAACAUACACGACGUGGGUCUAUGGCAAUGGAGCCCUAAUAUCUCGUGCGAAUGUCUUACCACAUGGAUUGAAUAAUACAGUAACCGAUCUUCUUGUCAUUCCGACAUCAAAGGUUGUUAUUGCAGGGAUUCUUUAUCUGUUAUCAGGCACCUGGGAGAAAAUGUGGAGAUUUACGCAUUUAUUAGCUUGCCUACUGGUGGUGUGUAAAGAUGUCACUGCGCAGAGUAAGAUCUUUGGGGAGACAGAGCCGGUGCGGAUGACGUCGGAGGGCUCAGACUGUCGCUGUAAGUGCAUCAUGAGGCCGCUGAGCAAGGAUGCAUGCCAGCGUCUGCGGAGUGGCAGCGUGCGCGUGGAGGACUUCUACACGGUGGAGACCGUCAGCUCUGGAUCGGACUGCAAGUGUUCCUGCACGGCCCCCCCCUCCUCCCUCAACCCCUGUGAGAAUGAGUGGAAGAUGGAGAAGCUGAAGAAACAGGCCCCUGAACUGCUCAAGCUGCAUUCCAUGGUGGACCUACUGGAGGGGACGCUGUACAGUCUGGACCUCAUGAAGGUCCACUCCUACAUCAAUAAGGUGGUCUCCCAGAUGAACACACUAGAGGAGACAAUCAAGACCAACCUGACUCGGGACAAUGAGUUUGUAAGGGACAGCAUGAUCACUCUGACCAACCAGUUUAAGAGGUAUGAGAACUACUCCAACAUCAUGAUGAGCAUCAAGAAGCAGAUCUCCAGUUUGGGCCUGCAGCUACUGCAGAAAGACCAAACAGAGACCAAAGCUCAGGACACCAAUAAUGAGAAAACCAAGGACGCCAUAAAAAACCCUAACAAAAAGCCCCCUGCAUCCAAGCCCCCUCCCAAGCUGCCCAAGGAAAAGGUCGUAAAACCCAAGAAAGAGGGCACCAAGCCUGGGAAACCUGUCAAGCCUGACCCCACAGCCAAGGCCAAGGUGGCAGGGCACCAGCCGGGGGUAGUGAGGGGCAUCACCUACUACAAAGCAGCCAAGGUGGACGGGGACGAGCACGGCACAGUUGGUAAAGACAACGCUGCCAAGACUCACACCGUCCACCAUGUCAAAGAGACACACUCUGAGGACGGAGGUGCUGAAAUUGUCCUGGAAACCAUUGAGGGAACCACAGCUGAGCCGACAACUACCAAAGAAACUGCUGCCACUACCGCAACCACCACCACUACCAUGAGCACGACAACAACGGCAGCAACAACAACAGCCAGUACCACAAUGCCAUCCACUACCACCACCACCACCACCACCACCACCAGUGUAGCAAGAGUUGAAAGGCUAGACAGACCAGCCCCCACCAUCAUGCUGUUCCUAGACAACUCUGACAACAACAGCCGGCCAAUCUUACACAGAGCAGGGAAGAUCCUGGACUGUGAGGGGACCCUGGCCUCUAUCGAGCUCCCAGAGAAGCAGCACAGCUACGGGCGGAACGAAGGAGCCUGGAUGAAGGAUCCCCUGGCCAAGGACUCCAAGAUCUACGUCACCAACUAUUACUACGGCAACAACCUGGUGGAGUUCCGAAACCUGGACAACUUCAAACAAGGUCGCUGGAGCAACCUCUUCAAACUGCCUUACAACUGGAUCGGCACGGGUCAUGUGGUGUACAACGGAGCCUUCUACUACAACAGAGCUUUCACCAAGAACAUCAUCAAGUACGACCUGAGGAUACGUUACGUGGCCGCCUGGACCCUUCUGCAUGACGUGGUUUAUGAGGACACCACCCCCUGGAAGUGGAGAGGUCACUCGGACAUUGACUUUGCCGUGGACGAGAGUGGGUUGUGGGUGAUCUACCCUUCCAUGGACUAUGACUACUCCCAGCAGGAGGUGAUUGUAAUCAGUAAGCUGGACCCUGGGGACCUAUCCAUGAAGAAGGAGACCACCUGGAGGACGGGCCUGAAGAGGAACUCAUACGGGAACUGCUUCAUCAUCUGUGGGGUGCUGUACGCUGUGGACGUCUAUAACCAGAAGGAAGGGGAGGUGAACUAUGCCUACGACACCCACACCAGCUCAGAGGCUAUCCCUCGCCUGUCCUUCACCAACGAGUACGCCUACACCACCCAGAUAGACUACAACCCCAAGGAGAAAGUCCUGUACGCCUGGGACAAUGGACACCAGCUCACAUAUAACAUACACUUUGUUGACCAAUGAGCACAGGUGUUUUGUGCUCAGGUAAAGUAUCAUCAGCAUCAUGGCAGGGUCGCCAUCCCCAUAGCGAUAAGAGAGAUGCUCAGUAAUGGACAGUCCAGCAGCACCCAUAUUGGAUUCAGCAGCCAACAUUCCUCUUUCAAUGCAUGCUAACCAAGACACUUGACAGCAUACCAGAGUGGUCCUCUGUAGCUCAAUCGGUAGAGAAUGGCGCUUGUAACGCCAGGGUAGUGGGUUCGAUCCCCAGGACC